UGACUUUGAACAGUUGACACUGGUGGGGGAAGCUGACGUACUAAAUUAUUAUCGUCCAUCCACUCGCUCUUAUCAAAAAACCAAAACCCUAGCCACGCGCCUCACACCCGCCACGUGCGUUUCACGCUAUUAACGCUUAUUUCAAGCAACGGCAUCGUUUAUAAGAGAGUGUUAAUCACGCGCGAGUGAAGAGAAUUUCCUUUUACAGCUCAUUAUGACUCGGCUUUGAGGCUUUUUAUUCUUCUUUUCUUCUUCUCAAUUUCUUUUUUUCUCUCAGAAAUUUCCUCCGAUUUCAAAACUUUUCCGGCGAAAUCUAAAAGAAAAUUAAAAAAUCGAGAUCUUCUUCUCUAAUGGCGACGACGUUAAACAGAGAUCAAUACGUGUACAUGGCGAAGCUUGCUGAGCAAGCUGAGCGUUACGAAGAGAUGGUUCAAUUCAUGGAGCAGCUCGUAAGUGGAGCAACACCGGCCGGUGAACUCACCGUUGAAGAGAGGAAUCUUCUCUCCGUCGCGUAUAAGAACGUGAUUGGAUCUCUUCGUGCGGCAUGGAGAAUCGUUUCUUCGAUUGAGCAAAAGGAAGAGAGCAGGAAGAACGAAGAACACGUGUCGCUUGUGAAGGAUUACAGAUCUAAAGUUGAGAGUGAGCUUUCUUCGAUCUGUUCUGGAAUUCUCAGGUUGCUUGAUUCGCAUCUGAUUCCUUCAGCUACUGCUAGUGAGUCUAAGGUUUUUUACUUGAAGAUGAAAGGAGAUUAUCAUCGUUAUUUGGCUGAGUUUAAAUCUGGUGAUGAGAGGAAAACAGCUGCGGAAGAUACUAUGAUCGCUUACAAAGCUGCUCAGGACGUUGCGGUUGCUGAUCUAGCACCAACACAUCCGAUCAGGCUGGGUCUGGCUCUCAAUUUCUCAGUGUUUUACUACGAGAUUCUCAACUCUUCAGAGAAAGCUUGUAGCAUGGCCAAACAGGCUUUUGAAGAAGCCAUUGCUGAGCUGGACACAUUGGGAGAGGAGUCAUACAAGGACAGUACUCUCAUCAUGCAGUUGCUGAGGGACAAUCUAACCCUUUGGACCUCCGAUAUGCAGGAGCAGAUGGAUGAGGCCUGAAGGUCUAAUGGAAGAAAGACGGUUAUGUAAUGUUUCUGCAACCAUAACCGGAAACCUGAGUGAGUCCAACUCCCUUUGCUGUAAAACUUGUCGAAAAGAAAAGUUUGUUUUUUUAUGACAGAUUAUGUGCACAGCUUUGGUGUUAUCUGCUGCUCUGUACCAACUCUGUUUUUGUUUGGUAAUUUAUCCUUAUCUUUGCUUCUUCUUUUUCAAAA